AUGGGUGAAACGACUACCCUAGAGACGCUGAGACAGUUUUAUAGGGGCAUCAAGAAUAUCUUCGGUCCGGAGUAUUUGCGGAAGCCAAAUGCCAAUAAAUGCCAGAGAUUGAUACAUAUGCACGGGACUGUGCAUCAUUUUCCAAGGAUGUUGGGCAGCAUCGAUUGCAUGCGCUGGAAGUGGACGAACUGCUCGGUGGCUUGGAAGGGGCAGUUCACUUCUGGAUUCAAAGGGAGACACCCCACGAUGAUCCUGGAAGUUGUUGCUGACUACUGUUUGCGAAUCUGGCAUGCGUAUUUUGGUGUCGCUGGGUCGAAUAACGACAUCAACGUUCUACAGUCGUCGCAUCUCUUCAAUGACGAGUGUCGGGGUGAGGGUCCGCAGGUCAGAUUCGUAGCCAACGGCACGCAGUGCAACAUGGCAUACUAUUUGGCCAAUAGGAUAUGUUUCAGCUUCUUAAAGAGGUUUGGAGAUGGGAAGGGACAUUAUCGUAGAUGA